AUGACGUUCGCCAUGCUUCGUGCGGCGCCUCCGGCGGGCCGCUUCCUGUACGGCGACAUCGCCCUCCUCUCCGAAGACUGACGACGAGAACGUGGAGCGAGGGCUCGGGCUCCGACAGAGCGCAACUUCCGCCUGUCCUCCUCGUCGCCGUCCGCCUUUCACAUCAAGGUGAACAGGAAGAGGAAGCUGUGCGGCGCGGGAGGGGGCGGAGGGAUGGACGUAGGGCCAUGAUGGGCAGGCUCAUCCCCCAGGGGGUCCCCCCCCCACGGGAGGGUCCGCCAGAGGACCGCGGCCAACGCGCGGGAGAGAGAUCGCACCAAUUCCGUCAACACGGCGUUCACGGCGCUGCGCACGCUCAUCCCCCACCGAGCCGGCGGACAGGAAGCGGUCAAGAUCGAGACGCUACGCUUGGCCAGCAGUUACAUCAGUCACCUGGGGAACGUCCUGCUCCUGGGCGAGGGGCUUCACGACGGACAGCCGUGCCACGCCCCCUCACCGCCGUUCUUCCAUGUUAACUCCUCCCCCAACCGAGGGUCCGACCAAUCAGCUCAGCCGAAGCACAUCUGUACUUUCUGCCUCAGCAACCAGAGGAAAAUGAACAAAGACCGAGACAGGAAGACGGCCAUCAGAAGUUAACGACGAGGACGCCAACCACACG